AAUGACAGCGGUGGUAAAUUUGCCGAGCUGCUGGUGUUCGGAUACGCGUGUAAGGUGUUCCGGGACGAUGAGAGGGCUCACUACCACGAGCAGGGCAAGCACCUUAUCCCAUGGAUGGGGGACAAGAGCAUCAUGAUUGAUAGGUCGGUUUAACAAACGAAAAAGGAAAACUAUACCUAAUCAACUAAUGUAAUGCCUUCCAAAAGGACAGAUUGGAUAUGUUGUUUUUCUCUCUCCUUGUAUUUUUUUUUUAGUUAAGAAAUCACUCCUUGACACAACAGUGGACAACAGAUUGCCUAGCUUUUUCAUAAUUUUCGAUAAAGCUGAAGACGUAAUGCAUAAAAUAUUUGGAAAAACAAAACUGUACUAACAUUAAGAUGCGGCGUCCUCUUUUGUGGCUUGGUACAAUAGAAAACUUUCCGUAGUGUCAGUAAGUUUAUAGAUUAAUAGCAUCAUAGGGCACUUUUUAACAAUUGGGUGUUUUGCCUACCUAUGUGCUAAAUUGGAAGAUGGAACCCCGGUCCAGCAAAUGCAUGAAAUCAGUAUAGUAUUUUUAAACAGUAAAUUAUUAAGCCGCUUUUGUAAAUGACUAAUGGUAUAAAACACACAAUUGUAAUAGAGUUCUAAGUUAGAACGCACCUUUUCCAUUCCAGAAUCCGAUCUCUGACCACUACUGGGAAGAGGACGCUGCAUCUUACAAAGAAUCUGCUCUGGUACUUUUAACACUAGCAGUGCUUGCUCAGGAUAUUUCCCUUGCAUUGUAACCUACUAUACAUUUUAAUGUUUUCAUAGCUACUUACCUGAAGGCACGUACACAUUUUUGUUGCUAUGUUAGAAUACAGGCCUAUUGUGUACAUGGUCUAGCAAAGUUGGCUGCUGUUGAAAUGAGACCAGAGCAAAUUUAAGUUCUGUAAAUAUAAACAGUAAAUUAAGGAGGUUCAUUUUGUUUCGUUAGCCAGCCCUACCUACCCUCACAAGGCUUCUUUAACAUAUAGUGGCAACCAGGACUCCUGUCCAGAAGUCAUGGCAUGGGACUGCAUUCUAAAUACAAUAAAUUCAGCUUGCAUUUUGUAGGUACCAUUAUUGCAUGUAAAUAUUUCCUUUUAAACAGUCUACAAAAGUACAGCUUUGAUAUCGCAAAAAGUUUCCUUAAUGAUUAUUGGUGGGAACACCCACUAUCACUUUAACAAUGAAUGUUGUUUGGAGGAGACCAUACAGUAACAAGAUAAAGGCAUCUAAAAUUAGUAACAAUUGAGGAAUGUUAUCCAGAAGUAUCAACCCCCUACCUACAAAAUACUAAUAAAGUAAAUAUUUUCAUAUGUAGUCUCCAUAGCCAUGUACUCCAGCUUUAUUUAAAAUAAAUAAAUAAACUUUAGACUGGCCCUAGAUCUGUUUGCCAUUAAUGAUAGUGAACCUUCUUAAUCUGCAUGUAGCAGUACUUGUUUCCAACGUGUAUGUGUGUGUCUCUCUAUCACGUAAUCCAGACCUUAUUUCCUCAGCGAAAUGGCUAGGGAUCAAGCCUAGCCCUGAUUGGCUCAUCAGCGCCUGCACCUUUCUUUUGCCGAAGAACUCUGGACUGAGAGGUGGGAUAGCGGAGUGAACGCAGGGAAAUUUCGUCCGUUUCGUUCUAACGGAUAGGUAUUUAUGUGCUCGGGUUUGUGUGGAUGUACAUUUUUUUUUCAUUUGUAGAGGAAAGAAAAUACUUUGCCCCAAGUUAAACAGAAAGGAAAAAAAAAACAGGAAUGGUUGAUUGAACCAUGUAAGGUAAGCUGGGAGAGUCCCCACCCCCACCCCCAUGCAGGGUUUCUGUUUAGCACAGUUUGUAUAAUGCAGUUUUAUCAGGCGUUUCUCUUCCAGAAGUAAUUCCUUUUAUUCAUUAAAAAAAUUAUGUAUUUAUUUUUAAGUUAGGUUUCUGUCCUGCGCUUCGUAGAAAUUGUACCGUAUUAAUGUGUGCUGUAUUUUGCUAUAAAAAAAUUAUUGAAUUGCAAUAGUACUUCCAUUAUUCUUUACUUUUAGGAUCCCCUUAAGGGUAAGUAUGUGGUGUUCUAAAAGCAGUAUGAUUCACUAAGUUAACCCUAAAUUUCGUUUUCCAGGUACGAUGGGCGCGGGCAUUUACAUGACCUCUCUGAAUACGAUGCAGAAUCAUGGAAUCGCGACUACCAUCUCUCAGAGGAGGAGGCCAGAAUCGAGGCCCUGUGUGAUGAGGAGAGGUAUUUAGCCUUACAUACGGACUUGCUUGAGGAAGAGGCAAGGCAAGGUACUACACACAGAGGAAACUUUCUUUACAGCACACGUUUUUCUUUGUCUGAGAACUGUACUUGCCUGCGUACAAAAAGUGUUGUUUUUGACCCACCAGUUGCUCAUGUACUCACUUGUUUGUGAUCUGUUUAACAGUAGCCAUUCGGAAAGGAAAAGGAGACCUUGCAAUUCUCACUGGACACCAGGAUUUUUAUUUUUUAUUUUUUAAUGCAAAACAAAGUCCUCCUUGGGCUUUACAGAGCAAACGGGACUGCACUUGUAAUAACGAUAAACAAUAUUGCAAUACACAAGAGCAUGUCUCGGUUGAUAAGUGACAUUUGGCUUUUCUAAGCCAGUUACUCCGGGGUUAAAAAGAUUUUAAAAAAUGUAAGCACCCCUGUCCUUGAUGGGAUCUGACAAAUCUUACAGUCCUCUUCUUUACAGUGACUUAUUUACAUGAGUAUGAUCAUUUAUUUGAUUGAUUAUUACAUCAUUAGUGACCUACAACUAAAUAUGUGCAAGUAUAUGCACAUGCUGGCUAACUAUAUUAAGUAACACAACAGCCAGCUGAAAAAAAUACUAUACUUUUCUUACAAACUGCAUCUGGAAUCAUUGAACAAAACGCCUCAGGACAACAAUAGGUUUGUUUAAACCUUUCCGGACAGAAAAAUGGGUUGGUUAGAUAAUGCCACAGACAGAGGAAGAAUAUAAGCGCCUGAGUGAGGCCUUGGCUGACGAGGGCACCUAUAAUGCAGUGGGGUUUCAAUAUAGUGCUGAUUACUACGACCCCUCACAGCCCACAGAAGAGGAGGAGUUAGCCAAAGAGGCUGCAGAACAGGAACCAGAAGAGAGUGAAGAGCCAUUCAUUGCACCCCCUGGACUCAGUGUAGCCCCUGAUGUGGAGCUGCCUGCAACAACUAAAAUGCAUGCAAUCAUUGAGCGCACAGCCAGUUUCGUCAGCAAACAAGGAGCUCAGUUUGAGAUCAUGCUGAAAGCCAAGCAGUCCCGGAACUCCCAGUUUGAUUUCUUGCGCUUUGAUCACUACCUGAACCCUUACUACAAGCACAUCCUGAAGGCCAUGAAGGAGGGCAGGUACAUCUCGCAGACUGAGACCAAACCAGACGAGAACCAGAAUUCUGGAACAGAUGACACAGACGAUGAUGAAGAUGGGUGUUACCUUCAUCCCAGUCUCUUUGCCUCUAAAAAGUGCAACAGACUUGAAGAACUUAUGAAGCCAUUGCAAGUAAUGGAUCCAGACCACCCUUUGGCAGCCUUGGUCCGGAAAGCCCAGCAAGACAACAAUGCAGCAACAAAGAAAGCAGAAGAGAGUUUAGCAGCAGCAGCAGCAGCAGCAGCGGCGGCCUCAGCAACCGCACAAGCAGAGUACCCUACAGACCCAACAGUAGCUGCAAUGUAUUAUGGGUACUACAUGCUGCCUGAUGGGACCUACUGCCUUGCCCCUCCUCCUCCCGGGGUAGACGUCAACGCCUACUACAGCUCUCUGCCCGCUGGAAUUUUACCAACCUCUUCAGGAGUGGUGGCCCCUCCCCCUCCGGGCACCACACCCCCACCUCCCCCGGCUGCAGUUGAGGUCCCCAAUAGGACGGUUUCUACUCAAGCAGCCACUGUGCCAACAAGUUCCCAAGCCCCAGUUGCUGCCAUUAUUCCCCCGCCUCCAGACACCCAGCCUGUCAUUGACAAGCUCGCUGAGUAUGUUGCAAGGAAUGGGUUAAAAUUUGAAACCAGUGUCCGUGCCAAGAAUGAUACAAGGUUUGAAUUCCUGCAGCCCUGGAACCAGUAUAAUGCAUAUUAUGAAUUCAAGAAGCAGUAUUUCCGCCUGAAGGAAGGAGGCAGUAUGAUAGAGAGCCUGACUGCUUCAGAUUCUGAAAACGAAACGUCUGUUUCUCCUCAAGAAUCGGCUGUCUUAAGCAUUUCAGACACAGAAAGCCUGAUAACCAAGGCAGUAAACUGCUCAUCUGACAUACCAGCUAAUGAGGGCAAACUAAUUAAAGCCUCCUUUGCCCCCAUAAGUUUUGCUAUCAAAGCGAAAGAAAAUGAUCUCCUUCCACUUGAGAAGAACCGAGUGAAGCUGGAUGACGACAGUGACGAAGAGGAGGGGGAGAAGGAUGGUCAAGAGAACCCCAGCUCUGGGGUAGUCAAGGAGGCUCCGGUUAUAGAGGAGAAGAAACCACAGCUUACACCGGAGGAGCUGGAGGCAAAACAGGCUAAACAGAAGCUGGAGGACAGACUGUCAGCUGCAGCCCGGGAGAAGCUAGCCCAGGCCUCAAAGGAAUCCAAGGAGAAACAGCUGCAGGCAGAGCGCAAGAGAAAAGCCGCCCUCUUCUUGCAGAACCUCAAAAAUCCGCUGGCAGAACCUGAAGCGAAGAAAGCUGAAGACAGCCCUGCUCGGGCAGAGCAGGAGAUUGUUGAAGUUUCUGCCGCCACAUCCGUUGGAUCAAAAGUUUUCGCAGCGGCAGAAUCAAAAUCCUCCAACAAGAAGUCGGGUAAAAGGAAAGAUUCCUUGCGUGAUCGAGAAAAGGAGAAGAAAAAGAAAAAGCACAAGAAGAGGUCUCGUUCCAGAUCUCGAUCCCGCUCCAGAUCCCACUCACGUUCCAAAGCCAAGCACGCGCUUCCAAGCGCCUAUAGGACUGUACGGAAGUCAAGAUCCAGGUCAAGGACUCCCAAUAGAAGACGAGAUCGCUCUUCAGAAAGAAGAUGUGAGGAAAAAGAAAGGGAGAGAUGUGUCCCCAGUGCUUAUCGGAUCAGUAACGGCCCAGGCUUCAGCAAGAAACGCUCAAGGUCAAGGUCUCCUCAUGAAAAGAGAAAGAAGAGAAGCUCAAAGUCGCAGAUAAAAUCUAAAGCUCAGUCCCGUUCACAGUCCUCUUCCCCGAAGCAGGCUUCCAAUAAGAAACCAGCUUCCGCACAUUCUACCAGUAUAUCUCCUGUGGAGAGCAGAGACUCCAGCCAGGAGCGAUCCAGGGGAGAAUCUCAGGAAAAAGACAAACCAGUAUCCUCACCUUUUGUCUCCUCUGUUCAAACUAAAAUCACUCAGGAUAUGAUGGCCAAAGUAAGAGCAAUGUUGGCUGCUUCAAAAGAUUUACAAGCUAGCAGCUCCUGAGCACCCCAUCAGAUCAGACCCCAGGGAAAACAGCUAUUAAACCAGAGCCAUGAUCUGCCUCACCACCACAACAGGACAAAACAGAAUUAUGUUGCAGUCCAUCUGGUCAAGCUGCUGCUUGUGGCAGAUAGUCCAGAAUCGGAAGCAAUCAGAGUUUUUUGUUAAUUUUAAUGUGGUUAAUUUGGUUCCUUGUUGGUUUCAGCAGAAUGUGUUGCAUCCCCUAGAGAAAAAAAAGGCACCAUGUCUGUUAGAGGUUUUAUACAUAAAAUCUGGCUUGUUGGCUGUCAGACCUUUUGUGAUUCGAGCUCCAUGUGCAUUGUUAAAAAAUAGAUGCAUACUAAAAAUGGAGCUCUUUACUCAGUGCAUUGGAUCCAUACGAUUGGUUCUAGUGAGAUUCAAAUUUAGAAAUAAGAAUUUAAUAAAGCUUGCUCCCCUGUAAGCAUAUGCACUUCACUCAUUAUUGAAUAGCUUCUAAGUUAUUUUUUCUCUUUGUAAGUACAAAAGGUUUGCCCGCCCACUCUUUCUUUAGAAGCCAGAUGGGGAAACAAGUUUAUCCUUCUAUGAAGGAGUAAUCAUCUUUUUUCAAACAGACUGUAACCGUUAAGGGAUUUUCUUUUAAUCCCCCCAUCUUACCUAGUUUCCUUUACCUUACUGCCUUUACACUGUCUGUAAGUAUGUACAGGAUUUCUUGGCUGUGCUGGUUUAUAAAAUGUGUCAAUAAAUUUGGAACAUGUACAGA